CCCCCCUCCUCCAUGCAUCCUUCUUCACUUCGCUGAGGAGAAUGCAGCAUUUACGAUGUGAAAUGGACUCAGAAUCAGCCUCCCACCUCUCCCGCCUCAGAAGCAUCCCCUAGCCCCCCCCACCCCAGUACUCUCCCUCACACCAAUUGACGUGGUUCAUCCCUCAUGUUCACUGUGUGCGUGUAGUCAAAACGCACCAACACACUGAGCCAUCAGUACCCCCCCAGCACCCCCGCUUCCUAGUCCCCCAGGCGACGAUGGAUGCAUGCAAACCAUGCACGGAGCACUUUCUGCCGCACUUGACGCUGGAUCGGUAAACGGGAUGCAGAAUGACUCGACGUCCAUUUUGGAAUGGCCUAGCAUGACAUCUCACAAUGCCAGCGGGGCCAACGCCAGCGGGCCCGGCUCGGGCGGCGACACGUACCGGCCGUUCUCGCUGUUCAGCGUGCUGACGCUGACACUGCUGGCCAUGCUGGCCGUGGCCACUUUCGUGUGGAACCUGUUGGUUCUGGUGACCAUCCUGCGGGUGCGCACCUUCCACCGGGUGCCGCACAACCUGGUGGCUUCGAUGGCCAUCUCCGACGUGAUGGUGGCGGCGCUGGUGAUGCCGCUGAGUCUGGUUCACGAGCUGAAUGGACGCCUGUGGAAGCUGGGCCGAGUGCUCUGCCAGGUAUGGAUCUCCUUUGACGUGCUGUGCUGUACGGCUAGUAUCUGGAACGUGACGGCCAUCGCUUUGGACCGCUACUGGUCUAUCACGCGCCAUCUGGAGUACACCCUGAAGACACGCAAGAAGAUCUCCAAUGUGAUGAUCGCCCUGACGUGGCUACUGUCGGCUAUCAUCUCGCUCUCGCCGCUCUUCGGCUGGGGCGAGACAUACACCGAGGGCAUGAAGUGCCAGGUGAGCCAGGAGCCGUCUUACACCAUCUUCUCCACCUUCGGCGCGUUCUACCUGCCACUCUGCGUGGUGCUCUUCGUCUACUGGAAGAUCUACAAGGCGGCCAAAUUCCGGAUUGGCUCCCGCAAGAGCAACACCAUCACACCCAUGGCAGAGGUGAAAGAGGAGGCCCGGCAGCCCCAGAUGGUGUUCACGGCGCGCCACGCCACCGUCACCUUCCAGACGGACGGCGACACGUGGCGCGAGCAAAAGGAGAAGAAGGCGGCACUCAUGGUGGGGAUCCUCAUCGGAGUUUUCGUGCUUUGCUGGAUCCCCUUUUUUAUCACCGAGCUGAUCGUGCCGCUGUGUUCCUGCGACAUCCCGCCCAUCUGGAAGAGUAUCUUCCUCUGGCUUGGUUACUCCAACUCCUUCUUCAACCCGCUCAUUUACACAGCUUUCAACAAGAACUACAACAACGCCCUGAGGAACCUCUUCUCCAGGCAGCGUUGACCCAAAAGACUACCGACCGGACACUGUUCGCCGUGUCGUUUUUGGUGUCACCAUCCUAGCCAGACUUCUCCAAAAAGAUGACUGAAUGCCAAAGGAAGAAUGCUUUGCUAGUACGGCGGCAAACGCUUCAAUGCGGCCGGGAGAUGGUUGAAAGGAGCGCCAAGAGACGGUUAAGAGAGUUAAGACUUCAAUUCGCGUGAAAUGAUGUAAGCGGUGUUUCUAAAUUCAAAUACA